GGCACACGCUCGCGUGGACAUCACGCUCAUCAAAUACUUUUGAGCUGCAAAUCUCCCGGAGACAAAACAGAUUGACGUCUCUGCGGUUUCUUAUGGUGCAUUAAUCGCCUGAUUGAAUUUGCAUGCUAGAAAAACUCGGCGAUAACCGCAUGAGUUUGAAAUUAGAAAAUUUCUCUUCGAAAAUGUAUUCCGCCAGGUUUCUAAAGGGUUGUAAGGUUUCUAAAGAGCGGAAUUAUUAUAAUAUUCAUUCGUACAGUUAUGGUAACUGAAAUUGAUGAAUUAUUAUUGUCGGCUGCAUAUCAUAUCGCUCCAUCUGAUCUCGUUCAAAUGAACGAGCUUAAUAAUAUUGGGAACCGCCAGACAGCAGACGUACAACAAAGUAAAGAGCGAAAGUAAAGAGACAUUUCGUUCGUCGCAGUAAUCACUGAUUAAUAAUAAUACGUCCAUAGCAUCCGUAUAAAAUAAAAGUUGCUAUUUUAAUUUUGUAACUUGAUACCUCAGGAAACUUAUAUCGCUGCAAUGGCAGUAACAGUGUGGCGAUAUUAUUGCGUUUAACAUUUGUCAUUCGAUAUUUAUCGUGACGUUUCAAUACUGUCUAUUCUCAUAUUACCAAUUUGAUCAUGUCGCGAUUGAAGAAAGAACAAAUCGCGUUUAGCAACUUUAAAUGCAUUUUCAGGAUUUGUAAAUUGUAGACUGUGAACCGAACGAACCUGUCUGUCUUCGACUUUCUGAAUUUAUGAAACCAUGUGCAAUGUGCAAUGUCUAGUUCGAUAAGACAAACUGGACUAUCGCUCUUUUUUUAUCUUGAUAAUGAUAGCGCUAUUUUUAAUACGUAAAUUUGUUGUUGACAGAUACCACACGACGUGCAAGGAAAAUAUUUCAACUGCUUUUAAGCGAUUGGCUUUAAGCGAUUAUCACGGAAACACACCACGGAAAUCGUACAGCUACCAAGUUGACUCACGUUUCCUUUAUCACUAACAAUAAGUACUGAAUUGUCCAGCGAAGGGAGAGCGGUAAUUCCCCAUACCACAUUAGCAGAGAACCAACAACUGUUGCAGCAAACAGCUGUGACAUUCAAUUCUUGAGCUCUUCUCUUCAGAAUCAAUAUCGCUCUUCGGAUCUCCGCCUCUUCCUUCGUUUUUAUAUCUGCCUCGCUUAUCUCCCUAUAAAGAGCCGCGAUAAGUUUCACGUUACCGCGAUAUCAAAGAAAUGACGUCAACCAACUGUGCAUCCUGACCAGGCAGAGAGACUAUCUUAACGUUUUCAAGUUCAGUCCGAGCUCGCCGCUCAAGUUCGUGACCUGUCAUCGAUCGUGCAUUGAUUUCAAUCACAUUCGACAAGCAAGAUCUUAUUACGAGUGCACUUACGCGUGCAGUUACGAGUGCAAUACUAGAUAAAGAGAAAUGCCGUCGAUCCAAACAUUUUACGUCGAAUUCGAUCGGCCGAAUGCUAUUUAUGCGCCUGGCGAAAUCAUCAGCGGCAACAUCGUCGUCAAUUUGGUUAAACAGAAAACUAUCAGGGCGUUAAAUUUGUCGGCUAAAGGAGAAGCUUAUGUCAGAUGGAGCGAACAAGUACCCGAAAGAGAUUCUAAUGGGAGAAUACAUUUUAGAACUAUUUAUUACGCUGGGAGAGAGACGUACUUUCAUGUGACCUACCCCGUGUUGGCAAAAUCGAAAGACGGAAUGGCGUAUAUUCCUGCAGGAUUAAACAGAUAUCCUUUUCAUAUCCAAAUACCAUUAAAUAUACCGUGCAGCUUCGAACACAAAUAUGGUUACAUCAGAUAUACGAUAAAAGCUAUUAUUGACAGGCCAUGGAGAUUCGACCACGAGUGCAAAGCUGCGUUCACCGUAAUCACCAUAUACGACUUAAAUGCUCAUCGCGAGCGAUGUAUAAGCUUGCACGAUGAGGUGUGUAAAAAUUUCUAUACCCUCUGCUGCUUUGACGGCACGAUGAACGUGGAGAUCACAAUACCGACAACCGGGUUCGUCCCGGGACAAUAUAUCGAGGUGACUCUUGGCUUGAGGAACAACAACAAUAUAGUGCAGAGGGUCUGCGCUAAAUUAGAACAGUUCUUACAGUUUCACGCAAAGGGAGACUUUCAUAUUUCAUCAACCACGAAGAGGGACAAGUCAAUUGUGGCGGGAAUGCAAAAGAUGGGACCGUUUGAUCAAAACGCCGUGAUCAACCUACAAAUAUAUGUGCCGCCGAUACCACCGUCUGAUCUGGAGUUCUGCAGCAUAAUUCAACUGCGAUAUUUUCUAUACAUCAUACUUGAAGUCUCAGGCUUACACUUGAACAUCUCCAAAGAGUACCCGAUCGUGAUCGGGACUUUACCACUGCGCCCUGACCCAUCUGCACCUAUGAUUUCGUCGCCACCUUUGACCUCAACCGAUUUUCAGUCUACCUCAAACGAGCCGGAUCCUUUGGGAUUUGGUGCAGGACCAAGCGCGUCUCCAAAAACAUCAUCCGCGAAUAAUUAUUUUGACGCACCUCCGUCAUACGAAGAAUGUUGCGGAAGUAGAGUAAACAACAUUAAAGAACAUGGCGAGUCGGAGUACGUGUACGGUGCGAAUCAGCCAUUCGCGCCUAGAUAUCCAGUCUUCAACUUUUCCUCGUCAUAUUCACAUUCAUGAAAGAAAUUCAUCAAAAAAAUUGAAAGAUAAUCUGGCUCGAGACUAUACCUCGAGCAAGACACUUUUCAAGCAAGACACAAGAUACCAAGUUAACUCUCCAAAUAAUUCAAUAAAGAAAGACUAAAUAAGAAACAUGCAAAAAAGAUCUUGUUUGAGGAAAGUAUUUUUAUACUUAUAAUAUAUAUAAUAAAUCUUAUUUUUUUCGAGAA